AUGGGGGCGCUGCCUGUGUCUCCAGCGUGGCUCGACGAGGUCUCGGAGGCCUGUGAGCGGGUCGUCGUGUGGCCGUCGAGGCGCGAGGAGGACGGGGAGGUGGUCGGCUCGCACCUGUACUGGGUGCUCUCGCCGGACGGGGACCUGUGGGAGGAGCUCCUCUCGGGAGCCUCCCCGGCCGACGGCCCCUCCGGCAGUGAGCGCCUGGUAGCCGGCGCCGCUCCGCCCGCUGGAGACCGCAAGCUCUACGGCUUCAGAGAGAGGCUCACGCUGAAUCGGCUGGUGGAGCUGGCGGAAGAGUGCAGGGCUGCGAUGGAGGCUCGUGGGCAGACGCUCGCGGAGGCGCCGGCCAGUAUUGAGCUCCCGUCGGACGUCCUGCUGGACAUCAGCGAGGUGUUCCCGUGGGCCCCCCCGCCUCGCGCGCCCGCCCUGCCGGCGCACCCUCUCGCGGGCGGCGGCGCGGGCGACGCCCUUGCCGCGGCCCCUGCCGGGGCGCCCGCGCCCCCGCCAGAGGGUCACGUGUGGGCCUUGGCGGAGCCCGCGCCUGGGCUGCCGAUUGGCUCCAUCGUGGACGCCACGACGGAGACCCCGAUUGGGGUGGGGAUCGACGCCCUCUGGCACCGGCGCGGCCGGGCAUGGCGAGUGGAGCAGAUGCCUGAAGCGGAGGUGGCCGACUGGACGUCACGGCGCGUGGAGAAGCUGCGCCGCCUCCUGGAGAUGGUGCCGCCGGCCGCUGCUCCUGGUGAUGGGCCCCUGGCCCUCGGUGCCGGACCUGCUCCAGGCGGGGAGGUACCACCGCCAGGGCCAGGCGACCGCCACGCGGGGGCCGACGCCGGCGAUGGAGGCCCGAGUCCAGAGGAGCGCAGUGGCGACGACACGAGAACCCUCUGGGUCGAGUGGGACGAGCAGGGGGAGCGGUUCAAGGAGUUCAGGAAGGCCAUCAACGAGUCGGUGAGCCACGACUGGGGGCAUCAGCGGCUCGAGGGGGGCCUGACGUGCCUCCACACGUGCAAGAUGAUGUACCGCACGUCGGGCCCCCCGCGAGCGUGGCUCGAGAAGUUCCUGAGAGCGCUUGAGGAGGCCGGCUGCUUCGACCAGCUGAACCUAGGCGGCCUCGCCUGCCUCGAGGUCGUCGCCCGCCGGCUCAACGCCAUCGUGGAUGCCUACAAGCGCGGCGGGGCCCCGUCGUUCGCCAACGCCAAGUACCUAACGCCGCUCGGCGAGGCGGACGAGCUGCCGGCACCGGCCUCGAGGCAGCGCGUCUCCCGCCGCGCCGAGGAGGACUGGGAGGUAGAGCAGUCCAUGAAGAAGGCGGAGGCCGUGGACUCCCGCAUCACGUCGGGCGCCGCGGCCAGGGGGGCCACCAGCAGCGGCGGCGCCGCGGGGGCCGGCGGAGGGGAUGCCAAAGGGCGGAGGCAGCCCUCAGAGAGCUGCUCCGGAGGGCAGUCCGUGUACGAGAUGGACGUCGCCCCGAGGAACCUCGUGCCCAGCAAGGUCUCGCUUCCCGAGAGCGCGCUGGAGUGCCGCUUCCUCGAGGACAUUGCGAGCCCCGGCUGCCGUUCUUUUCUGGAGGGGGAUCAGAAGCGAAUGAGGUUGGAGCCCGAGGCGGUCGACUUCGACAGCAUGCCGCGGGUCUACAUGGACCCUGUGCUGAAGAGGAAUUCUAAAUGCUACCGCGCUUUCGUGCGGGAUCUCGCUAGACGUGGACUUCUUGGAGUGACUUCGAGGCCCGCCGAGUCGGUGGGCGUCGUCUUCGCGGCCAAGUCGAGCGGCGCUCUGCGGCUGAUCAUCGACGCGAGGCGCAGCAACGGCCACUUCAGAGAGGGCCGUCGCUUGCUGAACGCCUUCACCGUGUGCGUGACCACGACCGACGUCAAGGACUGCUUCUACAGGAUGCGGAUCCACGAGGACCUCGGCCGGUACUUCUGCUUGCCAGCCGCCCCUUGGCACGUGCUCGAGGGGCUGCCGGUUGCCGGCCUCCCCGCCGAGGCGGCUUCGGACGCGAUGGUGUACCCCUGCCUGGGGGCCCUGCCGAUGGGCUUCGCGUGGAUCUUGCACCUGGCCCAGGCCGCCAACGAGGACAGGGUCUGCCGGAGUGUCAGCCUCCAGGAGGCCGCGCCGGCUGGCCGCGAGCAGCCCCUGAUGCAGGACCAGGCGGAGGCUUGUGCACUUCGCGCCUCGGCUCGAGGCGAGGGCGGGGCCCGCGUCUACGUCGACAAUUUGGGCGCUGUUAGCGGCGACGUCGCCCUCAGCGACAGGAUGGUGUCCGAGUGGAGCGACUUGUUUGAGCCGGUCGGGCUGGCCCCCCACAUGUCGAAGUCCCACGACAGCUGGGGGGGGGCCCUCGGCACGGAGCUCGACGGGAGGCACCUCCGGUCGACCAUGACGUCGGCCCGCUUCUGGAAGCUGGAGCGCGGCCUGACGGGGCUGUUGUCUCGGAGUCACGACUUAAAGUUGCUAGUCCAGAUACGCCGCUUCAAUGCGUGCGCCCUGGCCUUCGGCAUCGCCCCGUACUUCAGGCCGGGCGCGGUGCCUGCCGCGUGCCCGAAGGCGCUGCCGGCGGCGAAGGCGAGGGCGAGAACGCUGGAGAAGCUGGGCCCGCCCCCGCCGAGAGUGAGGAGCGUCCGGGCCCGCCUGGAGACCAGCUCUGCGAUGCCGCCGCUGCCUGCCUCGCCGACGCUCGCCGACCUCGCGCCCGAGGUCUCCGCCGGCGCAGGCGCGGCGGAAGGCGAGGGCGAGCUCGACACGAGCGGUUCCGACAGUGUCGUGAAUCAGGCGAGCGCGGCUCCGCGGAGGUCCCGCGUCCUCCAGGACUCCCGGCGCCGACGGAGAGCGGCGCUCUACGCGGACCUGAUCAUGCAGAGCAAUUUGGAGGGGAGUACACUGCUGGAGCGCCUGGCGGUGACUCGCCGCACGAGGGGCCGCUACGCCGAGUAUCUCGAUCGCUUUUACUUGCACGCAGGCCUGGCGGACGAGAAGCUGGCGCAGGCCAAGGACGAGAACGUGGACUGCCUCCUCUGCGACUACUUCACCGCGAUGCACCUUGUGGGCGAGCAGAGCAGUCUCGGGGGCCAGACCGGGGCCGCGCUGCUGGGCAGGCACCCGGCCUUCGGCCGUCGGGGGGGUCGGUCCCUGCCGCGCACCUGGCGGGCGCUGAAGGCCUGGAGGCGGCUGGCGCCGUCUCGCACCUGCCGGGCUUUGCCCCUCGCAGUCUGGGCGGCCGUGAUGUGGCGCCUGGUGGACAAAGGGCUGGCGCUCAUGGCCCUGUUCCUGGCGGUCGGCCUCUCGGCUUAUUCGAGGCCCUCUUCCCUCCUGGCCGCUCGGAAGUGCGACCUGGCGCCUCCGUCUCGCGCGGCGGUGGACAGCUGGAGCCUCCACGCACGCCCGGAUGAGGAAGGCAGGCCGAGCAAAACGAACCGCUACGACGAGGGCUGCCUGCUGGACUCGAGCUACCUGCGAGCUGCCGGGGGGACAGAGAAGCUGUGGCCGUUCAACUAUCUGGAGCUCUCGGAGGCCGUGUCACUGGCCGCCGCCGCCGAGGUCGGCGCUGGGAAGAUAAUUUUGUACCAGCUACGCCAUUCGGGCGCCGGCGUCGACGUGGGUCGGCGCGCGCGGACGUUCGAGGAAGUCCGACGCUGCGGAUGCUGGGCCCAGGCGCGGAGCAUGCACCGGCACGAGCACAGCAGCCGUCUCAGCGCCGAGUACGAGCGUUACCCGCCAGACCAGAGGCGGCUGCGCGAGUCCUGCGAAGCUCACCUCAUGCAGAUCAUGCUGGGCCUUGCACAUCCCGUCCGUUUCCGUCAGGAGAUGUUGGCCUGGCAGGCGGAGAUUGAACGCAUGGCCGUUACGAUGGUCGCGGAAAGUGCAAUCGUCGUGGAAAAGGUGGUCAUGCCCAGAAUGGACAUGGAAUCGGAAGUGAUCGUGAACGCGGUCCGGAGCGUCCCUGGCCCCAACUUCUUCUUCCGCCUCAUCGUGUGGUCCUACGGAUGGCUGGAUGCCGGCCUGACCGUCUUCGCGGGGGAAAGGUGGGUGAGGUUUGAGGUAGGCGUGUACGUGCUGGGCUCCUUCUACCUGGGCGCCAUGGGGAUCUGCUUUCUGGUCCUCCUCCUCGACCACCUGGCCCGCCCCUUUUUCUGGUUCUACCGCCGUCUGAGGCGCUCCCCCACCUUCUGCGAUUUCUGCACCCGGGUGGAGGACAACCGCCGGUUCCCCCUCGAUCUCGACUGGAGGGGGCCUGAUGCCCAACCCGUGGACGACGACAUCGUCCGAGGGAGGAGCGACCAGCCCCCGAGGCUGCCCAACCACCUCGUGGCCGAAGUCGGGGGCCAGCGGGUACGCCUGGAUCGAGGGCAGCACGGUGACCCCAUCCGGAAGGAGAAGCGGGCGGGCCAGGACUUCCCGCACGCCCGGGUGCAUGACUGCACGGACCCUGACCUCCGACGCCGCCUGGAGGGUGCGGACACCAAGGUGGUCCACCUCUGCAGGGCGGGACCCGUGGGCGGCUGUCCCAGCGUGGACGCCUUCGCCAUGCACUUCCGGAAGUAUACCGCGGUCGACGCCAAGGCCAUCCUCGAACUCACCGAGGACAGGGGCCUGGGAAGCCCCUUCCUGGCCGGCUUCCGCACCCUCUGGAGGGCAUUCUGGGGUGGGGUCCAGCGCAUCGCCCAUUCCUUCUUGGCCCGGGGGGCACCGAUGGCCUGCCUGUGCCGCUACCACGGCCUGGAGUACCACAACCUCCGCCUGAGCCGGAUCCAGUGCUCGGAGGUGCCCCCUAACCCCGCGGCCGCCCCUGGCGUGCCGGUGGGACCUGACUGCCACCAGCUGACGCACGGCGUCCCGGGCGCACUCGUGUCUGAAGGCACCCCCGAAGGGGAUGGGGAGGCCCCCGCGACUGUGAAUGGGGGGAAGGCUACGCCACCCCUGACCAUCCCCGCCCAGGCGGAGGACACGGUCGGACGGAAGUACUUGAUCCGCCUCUACGAGCCCGCCGACACCGGGGGAGGCGGUCGCAUCGCCCGCCUGCUCCACGCGCCCUCAAGCAAGGAGGAGCUGCUGAGGUCGGGGAGGGGCCACGCCCCGGGGCGCCGGGCGGGGGGGGCGCCGGCGAUGGAGCCGAACAGCACGGAGCUGGGGCUGUACCUCCAGGCGGGUGCCACGGGCAAGCCGACGGGGGCGAAGAUGCUGGAGGCGGCGGCGGCCGUGGGCCGGAAGCCACACCGAGUGCGGACCGCGAUUCUGGAGCAGGUGGCCGUGGGACCUGCCCAUCUUGGGCGGGAGCUCUACUUGACCCUGCGCGGACAUGGCCGGGGGGCCCUCGCCCUGCUGGAGGGGGUCGGCUGGCCCCUCCCGCUCAGCAACCGGAUUGCGCAUGGCUUGGCGGCCUGCCUGAUGGGCGCCCCUAAGGCGGGACCCGCCGACCCGAACGCCCUCACGGUGGCCGACUUCGUGGUCGCAAGAGGCGCGGGCGCCGGGCCCCUCGUCGCCGCGGAGGGACACAGGAGGGAGCCCCCCUCGCCGGCCCCCGCAGACCUUGACACGUGGGCGGAGGCCGCCCAGACGCAGAUCCGGGUGUUCGCCCUGACUUAUGGGCAGGAGCACUCACUGCCCAGGACCACCGCCCUGCGGUUCUUGCUGCGCGAACAUCAGGACCGGCCGGAGUACCUAUCCCUCGCCGACUUGAUGGAGGUCUGGGAGGAGCUCACGUGGCACUGGUGGGCGAAGAUGCGGGACGAGCUCCGGUCCGUGGAGGCCGAGCUGGGCCCCCACCCAACCGCGCUGCCGGAGCUGACGGCCUAUGCCACAGCCCCGGAUGUGCGCGGGAGAGCCCGCGCGAAGAUCCCCCGCACGUUCGUCGUCGAGGACCCCGCGGAGUACUACCACCGGGAAGGGGCCGCCGGAGGCCGAGCCCUGCAGCCCCGCUCGGCGAGUGCGCCGCCGGGGGGCUUCGUGCUGAACGAGAGCCACACCUGCCUGGCCGACGAAGAGGGCGAGAUCCGCUACCUGAUUCCCCCUACCCAGGAGGCUUUGGAUGCGCUGAACGAGGCGGCCGCCCGGGCUGGCGGGGACAACCCGGCCCCCGACGCGCCGCUCGAGGCGGGAAGGGACGGGGCGGGAAGCCAGAGCACCACUUCGGAGGAGGGGGAGAUGCUGGUUGGCUACCUCCACGCCGCCCAAACCACCGCCGGCACGCCGCGGCGGGAUGAGCCGGGGGAAGGGGGCUGGAAGGACCAGCCCGCGGUGGCGGAACAGUACCGCAACGGUCCGGACUUCGGCUUCGCCGAGAACCACCAUAAGGCGCAUCGCCUCAACCCAGUUGGAGACCCGGACGACCCCGAGGAGGAGGCGCGGGAGGUUGGAAUGCAGGCCAUUAACGCGCGCCCCGAUGUGCGGGAGUUCCUCAAGGGGGGGCCCUCCCGGCACCUGGAGACCGCGGUCAAGAACCACGUCCUGGAGGAGAACCUGGCCUCGACGGCGACCGGAGGGGUGCUCGCCGUACUCCGGGGGAUCGUGGACGGACCCAACUGGAAGCUGGUCCGGGAGGCCGCCGACUGCCUCGAUCGGCUCGCGCCCGAGCCUGGCGGCACCCGGGGGGGGGGCGUCCGCCCCCCCGACCGCAGAGGUUACGCCCGGCUCCUCCAAGCCCCGGACGCGGGGGACGGGGUAGGGCGGGGGGCCCUCCAAAUGGAUGGAGGGGAGUGGGACAUGCUCGACUUCCACGACCGCCCCCCCCUCAGAGAGGACCCUCUCCUCGCGGAGCGCUUGGGCAUCCAGGAGGACUGUGAGAGAAAACAGUGUGUCCUCCUGAGCGCGGUGGGCGCCGCCCUCUGGGCCCGUGAGGGAAGGGGGCCGCCCAGCCUCACGGAGGUCUGGGCGCGCGCGCUCGCGGCCAGAGCGGAGCAGCUGGACCAGGCAGUUCGGGCGGAAGAAUCACUGGGGCCUCCGGAGGCCAAGCUGGUGGUCGGGGAGGCGGACCUUCGGAUCUUCAUCCACGACGCGGUUGCCCCACACCACGACAAGGACUACCGCGCCCUGGUCGCGUUCCCCCUCCGCCUCCUGGAGGAUGUCGUCCUAAACGUCGUGAUGACGGACUACGGUGGGAAGGUGACCACGCACUUUCUGGAAGGAGCCCGCUCCGGGGAGGGCUCACCUCAGGCCUGGAUGUUGAUCCACCGGGGGCACGCCCGCGCCCUCCGCCCCCGAACGCCGACCUCGGGAGAAGCGGGAGGGGGGGACGCGUGCCUGGGAGCCCUCCAUCAGACUCUUCGGAGGGAGGCCACGGUCAUGAAUGGCUGGGAGGAGUUCCUCAACCGCGACGCCCGAGGCACGGAGGUCUCCUGGAGCACCUACGUCAAGUGCCAGGCAUGCGAGGAGCGCCCCGCGGCGAGGGAGGCGGCCCUCAGGGCUGGCCGGAGGGCUGCAGCGGCAGAGCCUGCCCGGGCACCCGCAAUCAGGGCCGCCCUCCAGCUGUGGGAGGAGCUCGUCUCGGAGCACCCCGGAGCUUUGGGGGACACGCCCGCUUUCCGCUGGGGACCCCGCUUCAAGGAGGUGUUCGCGGGGACCGCGGGGGUGACCCGCGCGGUGGAGCGGCUGGGCAUCCAGGCGGAUGAGCCCGUGGAGCUGUACCGGAACCCCCUGCACCCCAAGGCCCUGGUCAAAGAGGCAGAUGCUCCCCCGGGCCCGGGAGUGGCCAACGCGUGGAUGUUCGAAAACCCGUGUACCUCCUUCUGCGACCGCAACACCAAAGGGGGCGCCCGCACCUGGGAGAAGCCGGAGGGGACCGGUGUAAACGGCAAGGAGGUCUUGGGAAACGCCCUCUCCCAGACCACGGUAAGGUGCACGCGGAACCUUCAUAAAUGGAGGAAGGGAUGGAUCUUCGAGAACCAGGAGCAUAGAGGGAUAUAUCCCAAGGUCUACGACCUCCCGGAGUGGUUGGAAAUCCUGGAGGAGACCGGCGCCGUGAUCAUCCCGGGAACGAUGUGCGCCUGGGGCCUCCAUCCCUCAGACGCUUCGUCCCCCCACCAGUUCUAUCGCAAGGGGUGCUGGCUGGUCGUCUCCGCGAACCUGGCCCCCUUCUUCACGAAGCUCCGGAGACCCUGCCCCGGUCUCUCUCCGGUGCACCAGCACGUGGAACUCAGGGACUGGGCGCAGGAGCUGUGCACCCAUUGUGCGGACAACCCCAAGUACUCCCCCGAAGUUGUGAAGGAGGGGGCCCGACUCGGUGAUGGCCUAGUCCAGGCGGCGGGAGGCUGGAAGGAAGCAGUCGACUGCUACCGAGAGGCCUGGACGAGCCGGUGGGGGAACAACCUGGACGGGGUCUUCAAGGAGGAGCUAUGCGAGCUGCUCGACCCCGACCUCAGGGAUUACCUCCACCAGAUGGUGAAGGGCGGGGUUCCCGCCCGCCAACCGCUGGCCCAGUGGCGGGAGGCGCUGGAAGUUUUCUGCCUCUACGCGGGAGCGCCCCAGGCCUGGGCCACCCACUUUAACACAGGCUUGAAGGGGGUCCUCCAACCCCAGGAGCGGCUCGCCCUCCCCGGCGGAAUGGAAGAGCUGACCCGGGUGGGGGCCGCCGACUGGUCAAACGGGGCGUACGGGGUCAUGGAUGUCAAGGAGGUCAUGGAGCCCGUAGUCCAGGAGGAGAUGAACCGCCUCGGCUUGGAGGAGAUCGACCUCAAGGGACCCUGGAGGGAAGUGCUCGCGGGGGCGGAGAAAGGCCGCCCUUUGGUCCUCCCUGGAGACUCGGAGGAGGGACGCCGGCUGGCUUACCAGCUGGUGGAGCGCCGCCGGGCGCGGGGACCGCCCGCCGGACCGUUGGCCCGGGUGCAGGUCUUCGAGUGGCGUGCGACCCUCUCCCCCUACUGCCGGGUGGCCGGAGAGAUGGGGGCACGGAUCGGAGCCACCACCCCCAAUCCUGGUUCAGCCGUGAGCCACCCCUGGUGGGAGGUCCACCAGAAUCGACUCGUGGCCGACCGGGCCGGGCGGGCCAGGACCGCGGUGAAGGAGACUUGGGUCACCUGCUCCAGUGGCAGCGACCCCACCGGCCGAGAGGCCCUCUACUUCGUGCGGUACGCGCUCUCCCACGCCGCCACCCUCGUCGUGCUGGACGGACCUCUGGACCAGGAUCUGGGGGGAGCCCGCGAGGUCUUGCAGGAGGGUGGGUGCGACGCUGCGGAGAGCCGAUUGGCCCCACUGAACCUCAGCAGCGCCCUGUUGACGCCCGAGGCGGUCCCUCCGGAGCUCUACAUGCAGGAGGAGGAGGGGAGGGCCCACUGGCGCCACUUCAAGGCGGCCGGGGCCUGGAAGAGCACCCGGGAGUCGGAGGGGGACGUCAGGGUCAUCCUUAGCCCGAUGAGCAGCGGGCCCGACUACCCACUCUGGCACCCUGACGAGGUCUCCGGGCACUACCCCGUGCUAUUGGAAGACACGCGGGGGGAUGGCACCCCUCGGGUGAGGCGCUUCGAUCCCAAGGAGGUGCUCCUCAUGGGUGCCGCCCGCUCCAUGCCGCCCGUCUCCGCGCACCAAGUGCUGUGGGCAGCGGCCAGCGCGAGGGAGGGCCUCCUCGCGGAGGGAGCCCGGGCAGGGGUGUGCCGAGAUCUUGAUGAGGACUUCAUGGCCGCGGCCAACGCGACGUGGUUCAACGCCUGGAAGGCUAACCCCGAGGACCCCCGGACUGCUUACGAGCAGUGGCUCCGAGAGGGACCCCGCAGAGCGGAGGUGCAGGCCUGCUGGGCGGAGGAGGAGGAGGAGGUCAUGGGGACGCUCACGGCGGCGCCCCGCGGCCGGAAACCCCAGACCCAGGCGGAGCCCCAGUGCCCUCUGCUGACGGCGGAGGGGGAUCAACCUCAGAUUGGGGGAGGCCACCUGGCGGACGAGAGGGGGCGCCUACGGGACAGCCUCAUCUUCGGGAACCUCGCGAAGGGGACGCGCACCUCAUACGCCGUUGCGUGGAGGCAGCGGUGCCUUUUCCUCAAAGCCCGUGGCGGGAGCCCGCUCCUCACGGGGCUGGGGAGGGAGGGCCGGCGGCAGGAUGAGGACGUGCUCCUGGACUGGAUCGUCCACCUGGCCCAUGUCCAGCACCGCUCGGAGGGGCCGAUCCGGGGAAAGCUGAUGGCGGUCCGCCACUACCAUAUCGCGGCGGGAUACCCGGACCCUCUGGAGCUGGACAUCGCCGACCUCUUGGGCCAGGCGGCGAAGCCCCACCCGGUUGGCGGGGCGGUAAGCUGGGGAGGGGGGGUGCCCGUGGAAGCCAUGGCUGGCUGGCCGUAG